AUGGAAGAAGAUAUAAUUGAAUCGAAUAACGAAGAAGAUGACCCAAUGGAUGCUGAUAAAGGAGCGUCUACCUCUAAAGAUAACCAAGUUUCACCUGAUAGCGUCGACAACACUGCAAACGGUCAACAGGUUGUAACCAAAGAGAUUACAACAGAGGUCAAAUGCUGUUGGUGUUUACAACGAUUGUCUUUCAAAGAUCGACCAAAAUUAUUGGAAUGCUUUCAUAGUUGUUGUGAAUCGUGUUUAAGUCAAGAGAAACAGAAAAUUAAUUCAUCACAUCAGUCAUGCAGCAUUAAUUCAUUACUUAGUUGUCCAAUAUGCAAGCAAAACUCUUCAACUGAGUUCAUUAUUGAAAAUGUUUUCAUGAUAGAUUCGGAAAACGCAGAUGAAUUGACUGACGAAGAAAGUGAGAAUAAAACAUCGGAAGAUGAAAAGAAUGAAAAAUGUUCGAAUGAUUGUGAUCUGAUUGCUUCAAGUUAUUGCGUCGAUUGUUCAGCACUAAUUUGUGAAAAUUGUGUAGCAGCACAUCGUCGUUUAAAGAUUACAAAAGAUCACACAAUGAAGUUGAAAGAAUUCGCUAAGAAAAUCGCGGAAAAAGGCAAACUCAUGCUGAUUAAAUGUGAAUCACAUCCGAACGAGAACUUGAGUGUUUACUGCAAGACUUGCGAUCGUUUAACAUGUCGUGAUUGCCAAUUAAUGGAACAUCGCGAUCACACUUACAUGCUAGCCAAAGAAAUGGUUGACGAGACUCGAACACACUUAGAAGAUCUGCUGAAUUCUAUCAAAUUUAAAAAAGAUUCUUUAUCAAAAGCCGUAAACGACAUCGAAGCACGAAAGCAAAUUUUUGAAUCGAUGAAAGACGAAAUAUUGAAAGAUGUUCAGAAUCAAGUUACGAAAAUCAUAAACGCAGCGACAGAACGAGUGAAGAAAAUAAUUUUAAACAUCGAUCAGUUCUGCACUCAUAAAAUAAGAAAUCUUGACGAAACACAUCAAACCAUCACCGACCUCCAAACACAGAGCAAUCAUUGUGUAGAUUUUGUUGAAAAAGUCCUAAACGGGAGUGGCAAUGCAAUGCUUUACAGCAAAAAAACAUUACUUAAGAACCUUUCAAGAUUGAAGGAAGAGCGAGUUAAUAUACCAAAUCCAGACCAUCAAAUAAAGUUUGAAAUAACGUGGCCGAACAUUCCAGUGAUCAUAAAUGAAAUUUCACGAAGUGGAACAUUUUUGGUCAAUGACAAAGAAUUUCCGCCAAAUCUAACUGAAAUUCCUCAAACACAUCCAAAUAUGACUCGAAGUCCUCAUCAAAUUGAAAUUCGAAUGCAGCAGCAGCAACAACAACAACAGCAACCAUUAGGACCAUCAACAAGUGGCGUUUACAUUAUCAACAACAAUCAAAAUCGACCGAAUUUUCCUGUUUCAAGUCCGCAGUUUUAUCAAAGAAAUUUUCCAAGAAUUCCCUCAACACAACCUCAUGUCGUCAGUUCAACUACGCGCGAUCAACCUUCGAUGGCGAACAAUUAUUUUCAAGAUCAUUUACGUAAUCAAAACAUACAACAACUCAAUCAAGCUCGAAUGAAUUAUGCAGCAGGAGGAAGUGGACCACCGCCACCACAAGAAGUUCCUAACGUACCAGGUCAGCAAGUAUUUCGCCCAUCUUUAGUUCCACAACAACGAAGAAUGGUCGAUCCAUUGACAUAUUCAAACAUAGAAGCAGCCAAAAGACCUUUAAGAGCUUUGAUCCCUCGUCAACCAGCAGUUGUCAUUCAUCCUCAACAACCGAAUCAAUUUCAGAAGAAUCCUGCUCAAGUACAACCAACUUUCAAUGCCAGCGCCAGUUGGCACAUCCCACAACAAAAUUCAGGAGAUAAUUUAACGAAUGUUCCUCAAGCACCUUCAAAUUGCAAUCAAGUUCAAGAUAAAUUCAAAAUUGCUUUAAAAUCUCCUGUGUUGGCAUCGAAAGUAACGUCAACAAAUCCAAACACGCCGCCCUUAGUUCAGAAGGGCGUGGACAAUGUUGGAGAGUCAUCAAUUAAGGAUAUUUUGGAAACAAUUCAGAAACUUCAUUCGCCUGCUGAUAGCAACAAAUCAUCAUCGCCUCACGUUCAUAGUUCAACUGGACUGAACACACCGCCAGGGCGAAGUAAAAGCAACGAUCCGAAUGAAGAUUGGUGUGCUUCAUGUAUGGAUGGAGGGGAGUUGAUGUGUUGUGAUAAUUGCCCGAAAGUCUUUCAUCCUGAUUGUCACAUUCCUGAGAUAAGUCCGGAAGAAGGAAUGUUGGAUACAUGGAAUUGUUUAAUGUGCUUUAAUUUUGAUGAAUCACCGAAAGACAUGAUUAGUUUCAACGUCAGAUCUGAAUUAUCACCAAUUGAGUUAAAGAAAAUUCACAGAAUUCUUUUAGAACUCUUUUGUGAAUAUGACUUGAGUCAAAAGUUUCGAGAAUUGCCGAACAGAGAGACAAAUCAAAGUUAUUAUCAAAAUGUUAACAAUCCAAUAUCUUUGAGUUGCAUACGGAAGAAGUUGGAUACAAAUCACGACCAACACUACAAAAGUGUUCAAAGCUUCAUCGAUGAUUGUCGUCAACUCUUCACAAAUGCAUUUCUUUAUUUCAAAGAAGACAAAAGCAUUCGAAGCAAAGGCGUUGCAUUUGAGAAGUUUUUUGAGGGUCAGGUCGACAAGUUGUUCCCAGAAUAUAAAAAAUCUUCAACACUUCGUGAUGAUGAGAGCUUGCCAGAUGUUGAACUGUGCCUUGAUGACAUUUUAGAUGUAUUAGAUAAGGAUGAUGACGAAAUGAUGAGACGUAAUGACUCAAAACGACAAAAAACUUCACUCGACGAGUAACAGAAAUUUGAUUUGUGAUUUAUCGACAAAUUUUGAUUCUCUUUUCAACACGAAUAAAGAAAUAUUAAAUAAAACAUUAAGUUUCAUAAAAGAAAUUGUAUUUAAAUGAAUGCAGAAAAAGUUAUUACAAUAUCGUGCUUUAAUUUACAAACUUAAAGUUAUGGCAGAGGACAAAGCAACGUGAGAGAAUUUCAUUAAAUUUUCCUUUGUCUCCUGAACCUGAACUCAUUAUCGAGACCUUGAAAAGUAUUUUUAUUCACACGAAUGUAAAUGUCAUCGUAAAGUU